GCACCGAAUGGGAAUGCACAAACCAACUUCGAGAAUGGGACGGAGCCGGUGAUCCAUAAUGAUACAGAUGGUGCCCCGUGGAGGGUUGCUCGGAUUCCCAAUACUAGUUGGAAGAAUUACCCAUGGCUACAUUGUUUGGAAUCCUACGUGCAACGACUAGUUCGUGGUUGGUUCAACCCUAUUCCAGAUGGACACUGUGGAUUUCGAGCUAUAUCACAAGCAGCUACUGGGGACCAAAGGAAUUGGCCACAAAUGAGACGCGCUGUUCUAGAGGAGCUUGAAUCCCGUCCUGAGCUUUAUAGAGCCUACUAUGAUGGAAUAGCAAAUGGAAUAGAAGAUGGCAUUCGACGUUGCAGGUGGGCAUCAACAAGUGGCUGUGGACCUUUCAACUGGAUGGAUAAUGCGGAACUCUUCGUCUUCGCCACCUUGCAUUCAUGGGCCAUCGUUGUAUACAGUCAAGGCGGUCGUUAUACCGUGCUACCUGUGACGGCCCCACCAGGAGUAACAAGACCACGUGGGAUCUUAUCACUACAUUUUACGGGGGAUCAUUGGGUGCGACUUGACUUUCGACAUGGUCAAGUGCCCAUGCCUCCAAUUAACUACCUUUGGCCUAUUUAUCAUGACCCUAGUGUCAAUGGGUGGGAUCAAUUCUUCUUACAUGAGCGUGCGCUUUAUGAUAGAUUGAACCCA